CUCGACCGGCAAGACUCUCCCAGGCGCACUCGGCGGUACAGGCCGCACACGAGCUCGCGCAUUCUCUUUCCUCAGCGUCGCAGGGCAGCCCGCCGCGACCUCCCUCUCGGCACCUUCUCCCGCGACAGGCGACACCCCCUUCGUCGGCGGAGCCUACGACUUUGCGCUCGCUGCAGACGAGCUAGAUCCGUCUGAGGACGAGGAUGACGACGAGGUGGGCCACGAGAUGCGUGCGCUGGGUGGCGGAUCCUCGGGCGCGAAGAUGUCGGCUGCGUCGUCGUAUCGCAUGCGCUUCCAGCCGCUCGAGGCGCACGAGCUCGCGUGGAUGGCGGUCAGCGCCGCGGCUGUUACGGGCUUGACGGUUGCGGCGGCGGUUUUGGCGUUUGUCGGAUGA